GAGUACGAGGCGAUCUCUAAAGCUCAUUUGGGUCUGGGAUUUGUGGGUUUGGAUGGGAUUGCCUCGGAAGGUAAUUCAUUGAUACCUAAAAGUUUCUCCACACUUCUGGAGUCUGAAGUGAAAAGAAUGGAUUUACUUUCUUCCAAAUCUGUUCUUCCAGAUCUGUACUCGGGAUACGAUUGUACUUUGUAAACCAAGCCAUACUAGUGCGACAGUAACUGUUCGUUCCGGACUCUGUAAACCAAUCUCGGAGGAAGAAAAUCGCAUCUCCGCCCCUGCACCCGAAUAACCCAUGCAAAAUACAUCCAAGACAUUCACCAAGAUCGCUGUAUUUUGUAUUUCAUUUCCGGCAUUUCCGAGGGCUAUCGGGCCUGCAAAGAGCCAGGAGACGAUUUUCAGAAAUGAGACGUAUAAAGUCGAGCAACUCGUGAAGAAAGCGAGUGCGUCAUCCCAGCGCCUACUGCGCUGUCUCCAAUCUUCUUCCCCCCCCUCGUUAUCUCUGAUCCAACUCGCCGACUCCACCUGGGAUGAGCGCGCCGUUUGCUACUUCUUCGACCAGUAUACUUGUGUGGAUGAGUACAGCGAGUUUGUCAGCCAUCUGGGGUUUCUGUCCCCGUUGUACGCCUUCUGUCGAGAGAAUGAAGCGGAUAAUACUGGCGCCGCGAGUCUUCGACGCGCAGUUGAUGCGACGGCUCUCGUAACGCUUGGUAAUCAGGUGAAGGCACCGCCGCUGCUCUUGCGAGCUCGAGAAUACUAUGGGAGUGCGUUGCGGGGGCUGCGACGGGCCCUGGACUCGUGCACUCAAGCUGUCAAGGAUGAGACCUUUGCGACUCUGGUGUUACUUUCGCUCUGUGAGGAUAUUGUGGGUGAGAGAUUGUACGAAAACGGCACCUCGGAAAGGUAAUGACGUCACCAAGGAUUGUCACUCAUUUCAUCCAUCCCUCUAAAGAAAGAGAGAGAGAAAUGAACAGGUAUUCUGUAUAGACAGAUUCAGCAGGAUGAUUGAACUAUCUGAUAAUCAUCUCGAAGGAGAACAUCACGAUAGGAUGGAAUAGUUAAGUUACUCAUACCCAACUAGUCAAGAGAUCGGAAACCGGCACCGGGAGGCACGGAUAAAUCGAGACUUCAUCAUGAUUGAUGGAUGGAUGGAUGGCUGGGACUUCUGCUACUACAUUACUUAAAUAGUACUGCUCUCUUCUGUUCAUAUUCCUUCAAUUAGAAGAUACUUACCUCCCGUAUCCAUCUGAUCCACCACAAUGGCUGCUGUCCAGGAGAGGAGG